CAUCAGUAUCGGUAGACAUGGUGGGACCAGUGGAAGGAGGGGAAUUGAUGGCAGCCUCUUUGGCAGCACUCUUGGCAGCAGCAGCCUCUUUGGCAGCAGCAGCAUCUCUGGCAGCAGCUUGUUUAGCAGCAAUCACACCAGCUCUGCUGGCUUCAGGAAAUCCCGCACCGGCAGCAAGAGCCUUUAGCUCCGCUUGUUGAGCAGUUAUAAUAUAUUUGUUCCAACAAGGACCACAUGUUCUUGAUGGAGGGGGUGUCGAGGCAAUAGUCCAGCAGCAGUACAAGAAACUAGGCAGAAUCAAUACAAUGGAUGCCAUGGAUAUAUAAUACUGGACAGUGUCAGCCAGAUGCUGGUCUCCUUCUGUAGAAAAGAUCGACAUUGGAACAAGAUUCAAGCAUUCCAAUAGCAGGGCGAUGGGUAUAGCAAGAUGGUAAUCCUUGAAGAUUUCAAAGCAAAUGGGCGAAGGGAGAAUAGGUUUUGUUUUGUUGGGUAUUAGCAAGACGAAGGCAUCCUGACUUUCAUGUCGCUGUUUUGAUUUCACUAUCCGCUCGCAUAAUUGAAGCUGCUGGUUGGCUGAAAUCAGUGGCAAUCGAGCACCAUAGAGCACUGCUACCUAUCCGUGUAUAAACUAUACCCUAAACUGCUAUCUUCAAGUCUAGUUUGCACAAGCAUGUCCGUUAUAUCCAGCAAUCUCGGAGCCAUUGUACAACCCAACCAUCUACUGAUUGGGUUGUACAAUGGCUGCAAGUCCGCGUUUGACAGCCGAUUGACAGUCUACUUGCACUGACAAUUUAGCAACUUGAAACAUCAGUCUACUAUACACAGAUUGUCAUGCAUUGUUAGGCCUCGUGGGGGCACAUAUUUGUAGUUGAGCCAACCGCUUCAUUUGCGGCUUAUUCGACCAUUUCAAGCACGUCUAUAUAACAGUACCACUCGACUGUUUUCAAACAGUGCAGGCUUUCCCCUUCAAAUUGUGCAUUAUUUAUAAAUUGGUCUUACUGUCAUAAUAACUUGCCAGUACACUGUCAAAUAAUAAACCAAGUGGCUAGAACUUGCUGU